ACUACAAGCAUAACACUAGGAUUUUCACAAAUACGUACUACUUUUUCCAAGCAACCAAAAUUUUGAAAUCGGUAAUCUGAGAACAUUUAAAACCUUCUGCAGCAGAAAAUAUAAAAGAGAAGUUGAAAUCUUGCCGUGAGUUCAACCCUUCUUCAAUUAUUCUUGUACCUCUGUUGUAUUGUUGCAUUCCCUCUUCAUCAAUGUAUAAGAUAGCUUUGCAGAGAUGAUCUUUCUGCUGCAAAGAAGGGCAAGAGAGAGUUUUCUAUCUCUACAAACGCCAAGAACAGCUGUGGUAGCAUCUCAGCUCCCAAUGGUUCUGGUUCUGGUUCUGGUUCUGGCUCCGGAAGAACAACUUAACAGAACUUUGCCCUGCAACUGAUUAAAUUCGUUAAGAAUCUCAGGCUUCCUGCAACAACUGGGGUCAGAAUCUCAGCUACUGAUGGUUCUGUAAAAUAUAUGGGACCUUUCCUCCAACUGACAAAUCUCUCUAACAAUGCAUGCAGCUAGUACCUUCUGGGGACUUUCCAUGGGCUGUAUUGGUAGGAUUGCCAAAAUUGAAAGAAAAAAUAUGAAUUUCUUGAUGUCAAGCAUCCUGAUUAAUCUUUGGCAGUAUCAAAAGAGCAGCUCUCAUCCUCAACACAUUGUGUCUUUAAGGCGUGGAACAUUUAGGGAUUGUCUUGUUGCUAAGGCUCUGCAACAGCAACAACAAUUCAUCCACCCAUCAACACACCCACA